AUGGCCGAACAAGAUUCCCCACCUCAAGGUCCCCCGCAAGGCGGGCCUCCACCAGGCUCAUUCUCCAUUCCCAUACCCUUGGGACCGAACGGCGAAAAGCCCACACCCGAGCAAAUCCAACAAAUUCAAAUGCAACUUGCUGCCGAGGCACAGAAGCAUGGUAUCACAGUCCAAGAAUACGUAGGCCGAUUGCGACAACAGGCAAUGGCACAACAGCAGGCGCAAAUGGAGGCACAGCAACGUGCGCAACAACAGCAACAGCAGCAGCCCAUCCAGCCCGGCCCGCCAAAACCAGAAGCCCUCGCUGUCGCAAAUUGGCUCAAGUCGCAGGAUCUCAAGCCCAGGACCGUCGUACACGAUGAGAAGAGGAAGGACAUGUUCAGAGUAAAGCGAGCAAUUCGCGCCCUCCAAUCUCCCGCCUACCAGAAAGCCCGCGCCAAGAACCCUCUACUUCCUGAAGUUAAUGAUCGCGCCUCAGCCGAGAACUGCUUCAAGCUCCUACCCCUCUCUCUCCUUGCCCUGCGAGUGUCCAAGGUGGAGGAAGAUGCGCACGAGGGUCACAGCCAUGCAAAGCCCAAGCGUGUCAAGGGCCUAUGGACGGUCAAGAUUGAGCAACACCAAGAGGCAAACGACGACAACUAUUAUAUUUGGCUGUAUGAGGGCUCGCAGAUGAAGCAGAAGCUUUACGCUGUCGGUGCGCUGUUGUUGGUGAUUGCGAUAGUACUGUUCCCUCUCUGGCCGCUUUUCUUGCGACAGGGUGUGUGGUACCUUAGUAUGGGCAUGCUCGGUCUCAUCGGUCUAUUCUUCGCCAUGGCUAUCGUUCGACUCAUUCUUUUCAUCAUUACAAUCUUUGCGGCACCGCCAGGUCUCUGGCUGUAUCCGAACCUAUUUGAGGAUGUUGGCUUCUUCGACUCGUUCCGGCCUGUGUGGGCAUGGCAAGAGACUCCCGAAGACAUCAAGGCAAAGAAGGCAGCAAAGAAGGAGAAGAAGGCUGCUAAAUUAGCCGCAAAGGCCGCUAGUGCCAAGAACAAGAAGGGUGCCAAUGAGCACGCACAUCAUGACCACUCAGGGUGCAACCACAACCAUGCACCUGCCCCAGUACCCAUUUCCGUGGCUGUCCCUGAACAAGCUGCUGAACCCGUCGACACUGCCACCGAGCCAACAGGAUCAGAGGCGGCCCAAGCAGGUGACAUGACGUAUCGAGCACCACGAGCCACGGUGGAGGAGGUUGAUGAUGAGUAG